AUGCUGCAGCUUGCACCGGCCGUGCAAUUCGAAGUUGCAAUCCCGGAGCUCUCUGUGGAGAAACAGAGUGAAUACUCGACGGUAUAUAGCAGUGUUGUCGAACAGAUCACGGGUGUUUCUGAUUUUACCCAAGAUCCGCUCCAGUACGAUGUCGAAUUCACUGAUGGCAGAGUUGAUUCGCUCGAUAUUGCCGAUAUCCUCGAGUACAUAAAUGGCGAAGAAGCUCUCCACCAAUACCAAGACUCAGUCGAUAUGACCGCCGCCGAUCGCAAGCGUAAAUACGCCCCCGAUGAGGAAUGGGAUCCCGAAUUAAAUGUCGCCGUCUUUGAUGCUGGUGGCCUCGAUGACGAAGAAGAUGAGAACAUAAUCUCCACUCGCAGGCGUCCAUCUCGCCCACUUCGCGUGUUGCGCUCUCGAGAGGCAAGUAGCCGUCCGAGCCAUGCUGGUGACUCCAUAAACUCAGAGGGCGAAGAUGAAGACGGCUUGGCAGACACCAAUCAGGCAAGGCGGAACCUCCGAAAGCGAAGAUCCACACAACUGAGGCUCACCAACAUGUCGUUCAAUACCAGCCAUCUUGAUCAAGAUAUGGACGAACUGGCGCUGGAUUCUCGCCAGUCCUCGGAAGACGAAGACGCAUUUAUGCCCGUUGUGUCCGACCUUGCAUUGAAGAAGGGCCGCCCUAACAGAGCUGUGCAACGGUCUCGCCGAUUGAAAAAGCAAAAAGAAAAUAAAGUCAAAUUGUCUCGCAGAGGUUCGGGGGGCUCUGAUAUCGAGUUUGAACAGCCUCGACGGUCUGCAAGAGCCACCAGAAACCAGAUGAGUAUGCAAGACGAUGCCUUCAUGGACGACGAUUCAUUCUACGUGGUAGAGGAGAAGGCAUCUAUACCAAAGAUUAUUUCCGUCAGAGAAGUUUUCCAAUCAAUCUCUGCCGACUCCGACUUUGGAUCCGUACAUAUGCAGUCAUGCCAUACUUGUGGCGGCUCAAAGCAGCGCGGCCAGCUGCUUUAUUGUCAAGGGUGUUGCUUAACUUAUCACAAGAACUGCAUUGGGUAUCGAAGCAAUCGAGAGCAUAUGGCUACCAAAAUUGGAGAAGACGACUUUGUGCUGCAAUGUAGAUUCUGCCUCAAUACCCACGCAAAAAAAGAUAGCAGUGCACCAAGACAUAGCGCCUGCCAGGAGUGCAAGAAAGACGGCCGAUCCUGCGCUGCCUUUUCUCGAAAGAAGACUGCCCGACAGGAAGAAAAAAUGCGCGAGGAGAAUGGCGGUGUCGACCCCAUCACCCCAGUGUCACCUGAACUCAUCAACAACGCCGACAAUGUUCUUUUCCGUUGUACCACCUGUCACCGUGGAUGGCACCAGGAGCAUCUACCAUCCAUGGGCAAUGACUCCAUUGGAACGGACGUCAAAUCCGAGCGCCUCAAGGAUUACUCAGUCGACUGGCGGUGUAAUGAUUGCAGUUCUAUCAGAAGCAAGAUUCAUCGGCUGGUGGCGUGGCGACCCGUGGCCCAGCAAAAUCCCCUCCCAGCUUACGGAGAUAUCAGUGAAGAUGAAAGAGAAUAUCUCAUCAAGUGGCAAGACACCUCAUUUGCUCACUGCUCUUGGGCUUCCGGAGCUUGGGUGUUUGGUGUCAGCGCUGGCAAUAUGCGAUCCUCUUUUGCAAAACGAGUACUUGAGCAGGAUCUUCUAAAGCUCACCAGCGAAGAGGCAAUUCCAGACGAAUACAUCACCCCCGACAUCAUUUUUAACGUCAAAUUCGACGGCCCCGGCGCUCUGGGGAAAACAAAAGCAGAGGAUCUUGCUAACAUCUCCCGGGUCAAGAAAAUACUGGUCAAGUUUCAUGGCCUUGGGUAUGAUGACGUUGUGUGGGACACUCCUCCAACUGCCGAUAAGCCUCGACUCUACAAGGCCUUUGUAGAAGCAUACCGCGAAUACAUCGAAGGCAAACACUUUCAAAACGACUCUCAGAACAAGAUGCGAGAACGCAUCAAGCUGUACAAGAAUACUAAAUUUGCAGAAGUAGACACGCAACCUGCCGGCCUUACGCGAGGAAAGCUCAUGGGCUAUCAGAUAGAGGGCCUCAAUUGGCUCUUACAAAAUUAUCACCAAAGCCGAAGUGUCGUUCUAGCAGACGAAAUGGGAUUGGGCAAAACAGUUCAGGUCGUCGGUGUUGUGACCUCCCUAGUGCAGGAUAUGCCCAAAUGCUGGCCUUUCCUCAUCGUGGUUCCAAAUGCUACUUGCGCCAACUGGCGUCGAGAAUUUAAACAAUGGGCACCGGGUGUCAGAGUUGUUGCUUAUCAUGGAGGCAGAGAGCCCCAGGAGCUCGCCUACAGAUAUGAACUAUUUCCGGAUGGCGCCGCAGACCUGAAAGCUCAAGUCGUUAUCAUGUCGUAUGACUCGGCACAAGAUCCACGGACGUCUUCUCUAUUCAAGUCCGUCAACUGGAAGGGAUUGGUCGUUGACGAAGGUCAGCGGCUGAAGAAUGACCAAAACAUUCUCUACAAUGCCUUGAGGUCUAUGAAGAUACCGUUUCGACUAUUGUUAACUGGUACGCCACUGCAAAACAACAAGAGAGAACUUUUCAACCUCUUGCAGUUUAUAGAUGAGAAGCAAAACGCGGAGAAGUUGGAUGAGGAAUAUGCUGUUUUGGACAAAGACAAUCUUCCCAAGCUACACGAGAAAAUUCGGCCGUAUUUCUUGCGAAGAACAAAGCUUGGCGUCCUCAAGUUUCUUCCUCCCAUGGCGCAGAUUAUUCUCCCCGUUACCAUGACCGUUAUCCAGGAGAAGCUAUCAAAGAGCAUCAUGGCAAAGAAUCCGCAGCUUAUUCGGGCUGUGUUUGCCAAUAGUAAAAUGAACGCAAAAGACCGUGGCAGCUUGAACAACAUCCUGAUGCAACUGCGCAAAUGCUUAUGCCACCCCUUUAUGUACUCUGAAGCAAUUGAAGAGCGCCACCAUGAUCCCGUGGUUCUCCAUCGCAACUUGGUAGAGGCAUCUGCCAAGCUUCUGUUAUUGGAAAUCAUGCUGCCCAAGUUGAAGGAGCGAGGCCACCGUGUGCUCAUAUUCAGCCAGUUUCUGCAACAGCUUGACAUUAUAGAAGACUUUCUCAAUGGAGUCGGUUACGGAUACCGUCGUCUAGAUGGCUCGAUAUCCAGUUUGGAGAAACAACGACGUAUUGACGCCUUCAACGAACCCGGUUCCGAGCUUUUUGCCUUUUUAUUAUCAACAAGGGCUGGUGGUGUUGGUAUCAAUCUUGCGACCGCAGACACCGUCAUAAUCAUGGACCCGGAUUUUAAUCCUCACCAGGAUAUCCAGGCGUUGUCUCGUGCCCACCGCAUUGGCCAAAAGAAUAAGGUCCUAUGCUUUCAACUCAUGACCAAGGAUUCAGUAGAGGAACGAAUCAUGGAAAUUGGCCGCAAGAAAAUGGCUCUGGACCACGCACUCAUCGAAAGCAUGGACGACGAGGAGCUUGAAGGCGCCGACUUGGAAUCAAUCUUGAAGCACGGUGCCCAAGCAUUGUUUGACGAAGGUUACGAGAAAACAGCAAUUCACUACGAUUCUGCGUCUGUCGACAAGCUCUUGGAUCGCUCCCAGAUGGAACAGACUGCGGCAAAUGAAGAUAACUCUGCCGAAAGCCAGUUUACUUACGCCCGGGUAUGGGCGAAUGACAAGCUUGGGUUUGAGGAAAAUAAGGAACUUGGAGAAGAUCUGGCCCCAGAGCCCAUCAAUUCUAGUGUCUGGGACCAGAUCCUUGCUCAAAGAGAGGAGGAAGCCCGGCGAGAAGAGGAGGCUAAUAAAGAAGUCCUGGGACGUGGUGCAAGACGUCGCAUGGCUGUCAACUACGGGGCAAAGGGCACAGAUAUUGUUGCCGUAGUUGGUGAUGUCGCUGCCGAGUCUUCGGAUUCUUCUUCUGACGACUUUGACGGAGCAAACAUGCCGGAAUCUGACGACGACAAAACCGACGAUGACAUGAACCCCCCGACAAAUGGUAAGAAAUUAUGA